AGUGUUGCUCUCUGUUCAUGCGAGAAGGACCAGGGAAGUGGGAGAGUGAAGGAAUAAGCUCUCUAACAGCAGGUGCAAUGUGAGAGAUAGGGAGGCUGUAGAUAUAGAGGAGACAAUCAUACUAGUCAAGACAGCAGAUGAUGAGUAAGCAGUCUGGUUGUGUGAAUAGAGAAUGUUUGUUACAAAUUUUAUGCAGGAAGGAACAUCAAAAUUUGAACACAGCUUGUCUGUGUCAAGGGAGAGGAAAGAAUGAAAGAUAGAUUUUAUGUUUUGACUUGAGUCAUUGGGAUGAUGGUAACUCAUUCAAGAGUGACAAAGAAUGGGAAGAGUGGACAUGGCUUUGAAAGAGAGAUCCCUUGCUUCAUUCAGUGCACAGGAUGGACUUACACUGGGGAUGAAUCAAGGUUGUGAGGAAGAGCUGCAGCAGUUGAAAGGAAUGGAUUUGAAGCUAGUCACUCUCUUUGCUGCUUUUGCAUUUGUGGUUGUCCAAACAUCUGAGGCUACUCUAUUUCUGGUAUCCUUUAACUGUUGCACGGAAGUAUCGCACCAUGUACCCAGAAGACUUCUAAGAAAAGUUCUAAAAUUUGAAAUCCAGAAAGAUGAUGGAGUGUGCAACAUACCAGCUGUGAUCCUUCAUGUAAAGCACAAGAAGUUAUGUGUAAGCUCCCAUAAUAAAACCGUUAAGAAAUGGAUGAAAAGGAGCAGAAUAAAAAAUCAUAGAAGAAAUGGAAAUCUUCAUUCUGAAGAAAAAGAACACCAAAAGGAAAAAUCAAAUUGUGGUGAAGCAGUAGCGUGCUGAAACAACCCCAGGAUGGAGUUACCUGUGAAUGCUGCAUUGUGUUCUCUGCAAUAGACAAAUGUUUGGUUAUGAGUUCACAUACAAUGACUGCUCAACAUUUUGCAAUUACAGCUUUAAAAAUAGUUUUCCAAAUGUCUAAAUUCCUAGAGUGAGCAGUGACAGAUGUCAGCUGUACACAUCCUUUACUACCUUUAAUAUGCAUCUUGAAAGGAUCUUGUUCUUUGGGAAUCAUCCUGGCCAGAUAAAGGCAAAAGUUGAUGCAUUAGGAAUGACAAUAUUUUCCUGGCCACAUCUUGUGCUUUUCACUCCGCUUCAUCCUCUGAUAUCUCUGUAUUUGUCAAUACUUCUAAUUUCUGACACCCUCUCCUGACUUGGCUUUCAUAUCCUUCUCACUCUCUGACUGCUGCUUUAACAACUCCUUAGGCAAUUUCUCCCCCUCUUCUGCUUAUCUCAGGGUCUUGCCUUUGGCACCCUCCUCUUCUUUAUACCUUAUCCUUCUCCGCUUGCACAGACUCAGCUAUGAUGUUUUUGCUGCUGGCUCACAAAUUGAUUUCUUCUCAUGUGACCUGCCUUCUGCUUCUCAGUUGUGUAUCUGACUGUUUUUCUGACAUAACAUUGUGGAUGGCCUGCCACCAGUUCAAGCUCAAGAUGCCAAAAAUGACCUCUCUUCCCCCCAUGUCAAGCUUUCUUUGGUUCUAAACUUUCUUCAUUUUUGCUGGCAAUACCAUUGUCCUCCCUGCUCCUCAGGCUCAAAAUUAUGGGGUCCAAGAUUCUGCUGCAAAGAUCACCUCCCCAGUUUCAUUACUCUUCCUGCCUACUGUACCAAACUUCUCAUCUUGGCCAUCACAGGCCUGCACCUCUUUGCCCCAGCCUACACCUUUGAUCUUGUUCCUUUUGUCUCACCUCAUCAUCUCAGUAUUGCCAGUGACACCAGCCUUGCUAGACAUGACACGUCCCUCCUUCCACUACCAUCUUUCCUGCUGCCUCCUAAUGCGUGGAGCAGCCUUCCAGACUUAAAUCAUCACGAGGGUUUUGAAUGAGGAGGAAGAGGACCUGAAGACUUACUACUUCCACACAGCCUAGAAAUACUAAGCCAUGUCAGUCACACACAAUCUUUCUGCCCCAACAUAACGUGAGAGAAGAAGUAAUGAGUGAAGGAAGGUAGAGAUUUAAAAUCAAAUAAGAGCCCUAUGCUUAUCAAGGUAUACCUAUAAUAACCCUAAAUUACCAUAAUGUGGUGUUAUAACUGUUUUCUCUAUUCUCCAGUUGUUUUUGUUCUCACUGCAGCAUAUCUAAAAUUAGACUGUUAGUUCCUUGAGGGAAGGGACUGGGUAAAGUACAUUGCAGUUAUUAUUAAUACAAACAACUAAAACUACUAACACAUGAUAAAGCAUGUAGGAUGGUAGAUACAAGAAGCAAGCAGGUCUCCCCAAAACAAAAUAAAAACGGCUAAAUAACAACCAAGCUCCUUCAGCUGCUGACAUGCACAAUGCUGGAAGAAACUGAUUCACAUCUGAAAUAGCAAUAGGUAAGAAAAAACUAAGGACUGGAUCCUCAAUUCAGUGCGGGGGGGUGGGGGCAGCGCGGAUGGUAGCUCUGGGCCACCUUUACUCUUCCUCCAGUCCUCUAGGACGAUGAGGGCUGAAUCCACCUCUGGCACAAUUUAGAGCAGCCAUAGCUCUCACCUACGCAUGCUAGAAAAUGUUCUACUGGCCCAGGAUUGUUCCCCAACCCUUGAUGCACCUGGAAAUGCUUCCCAUUGGAUACCUUCUACACCAAGGUGGGGGAGCAGGUGGAGCAAAGUUGGCAUAGUCAGCUUUACACCAGCUGAGAAUUCCACCAUGCUGGGGAAAUCCUCAGCUGUCUGAUUAAAGCCUUUGUACAACUGGAGAGGUGCCUCCAGAGGAUCUUUAUCAGAGGUGAGGAUCUGGUGCUUACAAACUUUGAGCUUUGUUUAUUGAGACAGAAGGAACAAAAAGUUCUGGCUUGGUGAACCUUUAGCCAGGGUACAAAUAGUCACCUGGGGCAAGUUUUGAAAGGUAUUUAGGUGCUUAAAAGAUGUAAAUAGGAGCCUAAUGGUCUUUUUUAAAAGUACAUAGAUGCCAAAAUACCAGUGAUUUUGAUGGGAGUUAGGAACCUAGUGGGCUUUUCAGAAUUGCCUAUCUGCAUCUUUAGGCACUUAACUACCUUUAGAAAUCUGACCCUUUUAAAUGGAGCCCACAACACAGACCGAGGCCAGGGAAAAUGCCUCAGCCACAGUAUGUACAUGAUUUGAAAAAGCUAUUUUUGCAGUAUGUUUUCAGCAUGUUCAGUAUAUGCUAAAUAUAAUAAAAAUACCACUUUGAGACCACCGAAUAUGGGAUAUGUUGUAAACAUGAAUGACAUAGCUAUAUAUGUUGUAAAUUAUAUUAUGUUAUACAGAUGUGAGCCUGAUGUAUGCAACAAAUCUGCUCUACAUCACAUUUUCCAUUGGUUGACUUGAAUAAAUAACUACAGGGCCAGCCUGAAGGAAGAUGGCAACCUGGGCAAAGCUG